AGCCAAAUUGGAGCAUGGAAGAAAAACUCUCCAUAAUGAACUCCAGAUUUAACAAACGCGUCCUUAUUGACAUGUUUGUAUGGAACGAUGACCGGGAUUCCAGCAGACACAUCAUUUAUAUUGACCAGCCAAGUUUAGGAAUGCCAUCCAGGGAUUACUACUUUAAUGGGGGCAACUAUCAAAGAGUGAGAGAAGCUUACCUGCAGUUCAUGAUCACUAUUGCCAAAAUGAUCCGGGAAGACAAGAAUAUGUCUAAAGAUGAUUCCUUUGUCCGAGAGGAAAUGGCAAAGGUUAUGGAGCUUGAGACAGAGAUUGCAAACGCAACUACCCCCGCGGAAGAAAGGCAUGAUGUAACCUUGUUGUACAACAAAAUGACCUUAAAAGAGCUACAGGAACAGUUUGCACUGAAUGAAUUUAACUGGACCUUGUUCAUCCAAGGUGUCAUGUCUUCAGUAAGUGUUCAGGUUGACCCAGAAGAAGAGGUUGUUGUAUAUGGCAUGCCCUAUCUCCAAGAGCUGAAAGCAAUUAUCUCAAAGUACUCAGCAAGCACCAUCCAGAACUACCUCAUUUGGCGACUGGUGAUUGAUCGAGUCAGCAGCUUGAGUCGGCGUUUCAAGGAUGCUCGGGCCAGCUACAGGAAGGCACUUUAUGGGACAACACUGGAAGAAGCCCGGUGGAGGGAGUGUGUGAGUUACGUCAACAACAACAUGGAGAACGCAGUGGGAGCAAUGUAUGUCAAGGAGACAUUUGCUGGUGAGAGCAAGAGGAUGGUCCAAGAUUUAAUAGAUAAGAUUCGUGAAGUGUUCGUUGAGACUUUAGAUGAGUUACAGUGGAUGGAUGAGGCAUCUAAAAAGAAAGCUCGUGAAAAGGCAAUGGCAAUUAAAGAACAAAUUGGCUAUCCAGAUUAUAUUUUGGAAGAUCAGAAUGAAAAACUAGAUCAGGAAUACGCCAAUUUAAACUUCAGUGAACACAAUUACUUCGAAAACAUUCUGGAGAACCUGAGAGCUGGAGCCCAAAAGAGCUUGAAAAAACUUCGAGAGAGAGUUGAUCAAGAUAUAUGGAUAAUCGGAGCAGCAGUGGUCAAUGCAUUCUAUUCCCCCAAUCGGAACCAGAUCGUUUUUCCUGCUGGGAUUCUACAGCCUCCCUUCUUCAGCAAACACCAACCACAAGCCCUGAACUUUGGAGGGAUCGGGAUGGUUAUUGGGCAUGAAAUUACCCAUGGGUUUGAUGACAAUGGUAGGAAUUUUGACAAAGAUGGAAAUAUGUUUGACUGGUGGAGCAAUUUCUCAGCUAUGCAUUUCAAGAAGCAGUCUUGUUGUAUGGUUUAUCAGUAUGGGAACUACACAUGGGAGCUCGCUGGAGGACAAAAUGUCAGUGGAAUAAGCACAUUAGGAGAAAAUAUUGCAGAUAACGGAGGAGUCCGACAGGCUUAUAAGGCCUACUUAAAAUGGCUGGAACGGGAAGGGAAGGAACCAAAGUUGCCUGGACUGAAUCUAUCCCACAAACAGCUUUUCUUCCUCAACUUUGCCCAGGUUUGGUGUGGUUCCUACAGACCAGAAUAUGCUAUCCAGUCAAUAAAGACAGAUGUUCACAGCCCUCUGAAAUACAGGGUGAUGGGAUCUUUGCAGAACUUUGAAGCAUUCUCAGAGGUGUUCCACUGUAAAAAAGGCACAGCCAUGCAUCCUGCAGAGAAAUGCAGAGUGUGGUAA